AUGGGUCAACCACUGCUUGUUAUCGAUGGGGAGGAAAGAGGCCGAAUGCUCUUUCUCGAUGGCAUGGAAGUCGAAGCCGAUCCCCGCUUGCCGACAUGCUACUCGAGCAUGGUCGCGGAUCCUUCCCAAGGGAGAUGGAAGAAGUGCGAAGGGGGCGUAGAAGAGUCGCCGGCUAAUACGGGCAACUUCACUGGCCCAUGGAAAAUAAAUACAUUAGAGGGAAGCUGUGGCGAAAGAUGGUCAGAGGAGCACCAGGGGCAAGGACACGCUCCCCCCAUGCCGUACUGGAAAUGGGAGCCUUCGGCGUGCCGACUGGAGGAGGUCGACCAAAUCAGUUUUUGCGGCGUCAUGGAGGGGAGGAAGGGCUUGCUCUUUGUAGGUGAAGGCCGCGUGGUUCGGCGCCCGAAGAAAGAUGGCUUGGCCGUAGGACGCAAGAACCCCGCAAGUAGCACGCGACAGCUCCUAACGGGCGAAAUGAUCGAUACUCUGGCGGUUAUCUUGCGUGCGACGCGUGUGGAGUACGUGCCGAUGACCGGGAAAACUUAUUCAGCCUGCGACGGAGCGUUGACCCUGUCAUGGUAUCGCAACGACUACCUCGACACGCGAACGGACGGCUUCGACACGGUUCAUUGCGAGGACCCCGACCUCAGCGCGUCGCGCUGCGUGGUCUUUGCAGGCAUGGCUUCGAUAAAGAUGGAAAUGGUGCGUGCAGCAACGAUGCAAUGUCAACCUGCUCUCAUGUUCAUCGCAGAUGACGCUACCUUGAUCCAGUUCGACACUCUCGUCGUGAACGCCGGGGCACACCGUCGAUCGGGGGGGUUGGAGGCGUACGGGUCGAUGAUGAAGAACGCUAGCGAGAUUCUGACCUCGUCGAUGAGGCGGUUACACGGGGAUAACGCCAUCUUGGUGGUCAGGAACACCGUCCCGGGUCACGGCGAAAGCUACGAAAGGUGGGAGACGGCCGAAGAAAAGAUGUUCAGUGGACCUGUUGAUGUAGACACGGCCCUCGACCUCGUCGAGAAAGGACGGCCGGGGUACCUCUGGAGCACAUUUGGCGAUAAAAACAAGCUCCUGGAGGAAGCUUUCGUGGCUGCGCAUGGCAGCUGGACACUGCUGGAUGCCUACUCGCCGACAAUACUGCGCGCAGACUCCCACCCCUCGGCAAACGAUGGCCUGCACUACUGCGUGCCUGGGCCCAUCGACAAUUGGGUGGUACUGUUGUACAAUAUUCUCCUCGAGAGAGUCACAAACAAAGUGAACUAGGGUAGCAAUUGCCCCCCUACCCCCCAAUGGGGCGGAAGGCCACAUCGAGGCGGAUGGCGGUGAGGGUUUGGGAGGAGGUCAGGUCAAGUGUAGGAAGAACAAGAGAGACGACCGUUGAAGGGGGGUGAGAAGGGACGGAGGAUGGAGACCCAGAGGAAGACGUGAAGACGGUUGCGAAAGGCGAGAGGGGAUGGAAGCGUAGCGGUCGCCAAGACUAACGGAACAGAAAAGUAGUGAUUGCACAUCUGUAUGCAUUUCUAUGUGCCGUGGCCCUGAUGGCUACAAGUCUCAGAAUGGCAAAACUACGGUUUGCACGUGUUGCCGCUGAUGUGAAAAUUGACAUACUUUUCUCAGGAUGUCACUGAAAGUGACCAUCCGCAGCAAUAACCAGGAAUGAAUCGAGUCAACAACGAUACAUCUCACACGCAAGGGGAUGUCGAGGAAAACUGUUACAACGUAGUCAGGCACAGUUUACCAUAGGUGCGACUGCGGCAACUAGCCUUCCGUAAAAAUAAUACAGAAAGAAGAGAUGGUACUCAGCAGAGAACAUGAGCACAGAGUUGUAGCGGAGAUAACUUUGCAGGCGAGACUGUAGUUGUUUUAUUGUUCCGAACCCCGAAAUUCCGGUACUCGGGCCAUUACCCCGGAGACCCUCGGAACCUGCUGUGUUUUUGCUGCUUGUUUUUUGUUUUGUUUUGUUGUUGAGAUGAGAUACAAGCGCGCCUUCGCCCCUUGUGCUCACUCUCAUCUAGCACUCAUCAAAGCCUAACCAGGGAGUCAGUUGAUAAGAACAUAUCUCUACAUUUCUCUUUCCAAAGCUCGCUCGGGCCUACCGAUCUCACAGCAGUGUAGACCAACCUCUGUGAUAAAGCGGCGACAGCAGUGUAACCUCUGUGGUAGACUACAAAGUCUACGAGCUACAGCAGCACCGCCACCUCCGCUGCUGCAGGACGCCAUAUUCUGUGAGGUUAUGAGCCUCGCUUUAUGCGAACACUAGGAGCUGCGGAACUCACGACGGAGGUCAAGACAUCCUACUGCUGUGGACAACAACAUCCGUCUGUGGACUUCGAGCGGAAAUCUGGAUUCGGAGAUUUGGGAGACCAUCAACGGUCAGCGGAAACGAAAGUGAGCGCACUACUUGGUCAUCUUCACCAAGGGGCUGAGAGUCCAUUAUACACACACGUUGUCACUGCUGCAACAGCAGUAGUGGGUACCUCUGUGGUGAACAAACAGCAAAGUGUUGCGCGGGAAGCCUCGAUUUAGACAUCGAGCAAAUACUUCCUGUCGCGGAGACAAGAGGGAAGACUGUAUCAACAGCGAAAGUCGACCGGGAACCGUAGUCCUAUUCACCGAUUCCCUAAGUGAGGAGAGGGUAUCAGGUGCGGGGUCGCAAAUUGGCCUACAACCGGAGUUCUAUUCACCAAUUCCCUAAUGAGCAAAGGGUUUCAGAAGCGGGGUCACGAAUCGGCAACCGGAGUCCUCUAUAUCAAUAGAAGGAGCGGGGCUGGAAAAAUCUCAGCGACAGAUUGCUGAGUA